UUUCCCCUGUUUUGAGCCAUGUCCAAGAGCCUGAAGAAGAGGAAGAACCACUGGACUAACAAAGUCCACGAGAGUGUCCUCAGCAGGAAUGAGGAGGGGGAGCUGGGGCUGGAGCUGAAGGGCGGCGCGGAGAAUGGACAGUUCCCGGUUAUCGGCGAGCUUCUCCCGGGCAGAGCGGUGUGCCACAGCGGCAAACUCCUCCAGGAUGAACUCCUCCUGGAAGUCAAUGAUACUCCGGUGGCUGGACUCACCACCAGGGACGUCCACGCCGUGGUCAAACACAGCAAAGACCCCGUCCGACUCAAGUGUGUCAAACAAGGGGGCGUGAUAGACAAGGACCUGCGCCACUACCUCAACCUGCGCUUCCAGAAAGGCUCGGUGGACCACGAGCUGCAGCAGAUUAUCCGGGACAACCUCUACCUCCGCACCGUCCCCUGCACAACCAGGCAGCCCAAGGAAGGAGAGGUCCCGGGGGUGGAUUAUAAUUUCGUGACCGUUGACCGGUUUAUGGAAUUGGAGAAAAGUGGAGCCCUGCUAGAGAGCGGAACAUAUGAAGAUAACUUUUACGGGACCCCGAAGCCUCCGGCCGAGCCCAGCGCUCUGCUGCUAAAUGUAACGGACCAGCUGCUGCCGGGCGCCAGACCCACCUCCGAGGGCAAGAGGAAGCGUAACAAGUCGGUCAGCAACAUGGAGAAAGCCAGCAUCGAGCCCCCAGAGGAAGAGGAGGAGGAGAGACCCGUCGUCAAUGGCAACGGUGUUGCUGUCACCCCAGAGUCGAGCGAACAUGAGGACAAGAGUACAGACGCUUCGGGGGACAUCGCCCCGCAGAGCGUCCCGGCCGAGGCUCCACCCGAGGCGCCCAAAGAUGACGGACAGUCCCCGAAAAUGACGCUGCCCAAACCAGAGGAGAACGACGAGCUAGGCCCGCUGCCGGACAACUGGGAGAUGGCGUACACCGAGAAAGGAGAAGUCUACUUCAUAGACCACAACACCAAGACAACAUCGUGGCUGGACCCGAGGCUAGCCAAGAAGGCGAAGCCGCCCGAGGAAUGCAAAGAGGAUGAGCUUCCAUACGGCUGGGAGAAAAUCGAUGACCCCAUUUACGGCAGCUACUAUGUUGACCAUAUAAAUAGAAGGACCCAGUUUGAGAACCCAGUCCUGGAGGCUAAAAGGAGACUCCAGCAGCAGCAGCAGAUGCAAAGCCAGGGUCUGUCCUCACUGCCCCUUCCCACCAUCUACAGAGAGAAGCCGCUGUUCACGCGGGACCCCACUCAGCUGAAAGGCAGUUUCUUGUCCACAUCACUCCAAAAGAGCAACAUGGGUUUUGGAUUCACUAUCAUCGGAGGCGACGAGCCGGAUGAAUUCCUCCAGGUCAAGAGCGUCAUCCCUGAUGGGCCGGCCGCAGCUGACGGGAAAAUGGCCACAGGUGAUGUUAUUGUCUACAUCAACGAUGUGUGCGUCCUGGGAACCACCCACGCAGAUGUGGUCAAACUUUUCCAGUCGGUGCCGAUUGGCCAGAGCGUCACUCUGGUCUUGUGUCGUGGCUACCCUUUGCCCUACGACCCAGAGGAGGCCACCAACACCAACAACAACACCGCCACCACCACCAUAAUCUCCCCGCUGGGCAUCAUGGAGCAGCGGCCCAUCAUGGUGAACGGCAGGACGGGCUACGACAACUACCUGGACUAUCUGUCCCGCACGGCGCGCUUCGUCACAGACCCGGGUCAGGACCAGGUCAACAACGCCCAGCAGCAGCUGCUCACCCCUCAUCCAGGUGACACCCACUUGGAUGGCUCGCUUCCUCCCACCACCGGCACCACACCUCCUGACAGCGUCUCCAUGGCGUCGUCAGGGGCGACACAGGGGGAGCUACUGACCCUGACCAUGGUGAAGGGCGUGGAAGGUUUUGGCUUCACUAUCGCGGACAGCGCUACGGGCCAGCGGGUCAAACAAGUGCUGGAGCCUCAGGGCUGCCCGGGCCUGUGCGAGGGUGACCUGAUCGUGGAGAUUAACAAGCAGCACGUGCAGGGAUUCGCACACACGCAGGUGGUGGAGCUUCUCAAGGAGUGUGCCGUAGGAGCGGAGACGAUCCUGGUGGUUCAGAGAGGCGGAACAGGUCACUAUUCACCCUGGAAGACCCCUAAGCAGGUGCUGGAGCAGUGGGAGUCCCAUCAGGGCCAGAGCAGCCCUGCUCAGACCAGCCUGUCAGCCCCCGUUAUCCCCCACAGCGCCCCCUUCCCAACACACCAUCUCCACAGGGCCUCGGUCCCAGACUCAGCCUCCGAGGCCUUGGCCCUGGCUAAACCCGACCCCUAUGACCUUUAUGAGAAGUCCAGAGCUAUCUAUGAGAGUAGGCAACCUGGGCAACCAAGGACAAUUUUUCCUGUGGACUCCUCAGGAGCGGAGUACCAGGACAUGGAGGUGCACCUGCGCAGACAGAAAUCCGGUUUCGGUUUCCGGGUGCUGGGCGGGGACGAGGCGGGGCAGCCUAUAUUAAUCGGCGCGAUCAUUGAGAAGAGUCCCGCAGACCUGGAUGGACGCUUGCGGCCCGGUGAUGAGCUGCUGUUUGUGGAUGGGAUCCCAGUGGUGGGGAAGCCUCACAGAUACGUCAUUGACUUGAUGCACGGAGCGGCACGAAACGGACAGGUCAAUCUGGUCAUCAGGAGGAGGGUGCAGGCAGCAGGUGAGUCCUGCCCGGAGAACGGCCGCAGCCCGGGCUCCGUCUCCACACAACACAGCUCCCCCCGCAGCGACUUCACUUACAGCAACAGCACCAGCACUAGCCAGGCACCCAACGCUGUCACGGCCACUUCAGACAGGACGUCCACCCCCAACACGCAACCCAGCGAUGUCAUCAUCAAUCGAAAAGAGAGCGAAGGCUUCGGAUUUGUCAUCAUCAGCUCGCUCAACAGGCCCGAGGCGGCCGCCACCAACACUGUGCCCCAUAAAAUUGGCCGCAUCAUCGAGGGCAGCCCGGCCGACCGCUGCGGGAAGCUGAAGGUGGGGGACAGGAUCCUGGCGGUGAACAGCCAGUCCAUCGUCAACAUGCCGCACGCCGACAUCGUUAAGCUGAUCAAGGAUGCAGGCCUCAGCGUCACCCUGAGGAUCAUACCGCAGGAAGAGAUCAGCAAUCCUCCGUCAGCCCCCAGCUCAGAGAAGCAGAGCCCUCUGGCCCAGCAGCACAGCCCGAAAACUCAGCCAAACACCACGGCCUCGCAGCCAAACCCAGCAGCCACAGAGCCCAACCCUCCGGUCACCCAGCCCAACCCCGUCCCCCACCAGAGCCCUGUGACCCAGCUGCCCGCCCCUCCACCUCAGACCUACACCCACGAGGGCAGUUACAGGUCAGAGGUGAAGGCGAGGCAGGAUGUCAAACCAGACAUCAGACAGCCGCCGUUCACAGAUUACCGACAGCCGCCAGUGGACUACCGGCACCCUCCUGUGGCCGACUACAGGCAGCCGCCCACGUUGGACUACAGACACCCGCCGCUGCUCGACUACAGACAGCUCGCUCCUGACGCCAGGCAGUUCACCAUCCCAGAUUACCGAAUGCCACCAGUUCAACUUUCACAGGACUUCGACUUCUUCACGGUGGAGCUGGAGAAAAGUGUGAAAGGCUUCGGUUUCAGCAUCCGCGGAGGACGGGAGUACAAGAUGGACCUGUUCGUCCUACGGCUGGCAGAGGACGGACCGGCCAUCCGUAACGGCAGGAUGAGGGUUGGGGACCAGAUCAUUGAGAUUAAUGGGGAGAGCACCCGGGACAUGACGCACGCCAGGGCCAUCGAGCUGAUCAAGUCUGGAGGCAGGCGGGUUCGUCUUCUUCUAAAGAGGGGCACAGGGCAGGUCCCAGAGUACGAUAAUGCCGCCCCAUGGGAUGCUCGCCCUUCAGCCUCCCCAAGCCUGUCGGAAGUAGCCCCUAACAUCGACAGCCUUUCCAUGCCAUCGCCUUCAUCUCAUCUGGCCCCGGCCCCUGACCCACCUCACCUGCCGCCUCUGGACGUCCCUCGAGACGCGGCGGCGCGAGACAGCAGGACGGAGCGAUCCAAGAGCCCCCAGAAGGCCGAGUUGCUAAAUCCAGAUCAGGGGAGGAGGGCGGCUAGCGGGAGCGGCAGAGCCAAGAACGAGGGUGGCAGGUCCACCCAAAAGGGGCACAGGGUUCAGAGUGAGGGGGACAAAGAGGGGGAGCCCAAACCUUCCAGGAGCACCAGAGGGAGGUCCAAGGAGAGAGCGGAGAACAGAGAGUCCACCGAGUCUCCCAGCGGCUCCAAGCUCCCGCACACUAACGGGAACAGCAGGGAAGAUGUGGAGCGUUACGGUGGCGGGCAGCAGGUGGAGUCAGAGCCCAGGGGCCCGGGAGAGAGCCGACCCAACAAGAGCACCAGCAGCGCAGCCGGGAGGAAGGCCACGGUCUCUCCCGGGCCUUGGAAGAUCCCCGGAUCGGACAAGCUGCCGAGCACACUGCGCACAGGCACGUCCACGCUGAGCAGAUAACACCGCGGCGCCAGCCCAGACGCCAUCUGAAACCACCAUCCUCACGCCUUCCUGUGCUCCCUUAACCCCUCCUCCAUCUCCCAUAAACCAAGCGGGGGGCAGGGCAAUCUGGACCACGUGUUUUUAGAGUUUUAUUUAUGAUACUGUACUCUAAAUUAUUUUGAAAAAUAUUUUACACCCACCACCUUAAGAACUGGAAAAUCAUCCACUUUUUUUAAUGGAAUGUGUGUGUAGCGUGGCGGGGAAUCAUUUUUGGGGGGUGAAAACUUAAAAAAAAAAACUCCUCGAGCACUGGGGGACAAACAUGCAAAUAUAAAGGAUAAACUGCAGAUUUUUUUUACCUUCACAACGGAGUCUGUUUUACGAAAUGGAAUGUUACGAAGAAAGUUUGCCUGUUUUUGACGAGAGCGAAUGGUACAAAGAGCGACAGCGGCGAUGAGAUCAUCGACAGAACUUUGCCUUAACAGAGACUGCGUGGGCCUGAAUCUAUCUUGAAUAAUCUAUCAGAUGAUUAUAGACAUAGAUAUAUUAUAAUGAAUAUGAAUAUGUGGGAUCAUUUUGUAAAUAAGAUCAUCUUUAAGUGGACUGAACCUUCGUUGAGCUGGACGGAAAUUCUAGACGAGCUAAACAAAACGGCGACUUGGACCCGAACUUUCAAACUUUCAGCCCUGUGAUCGCAGUUUUUUGGGGCUUGACUUCAGUGAUCUGUUUGCGCUCGCGGGGCUGUCGUGUCCAUUUUCAUUUCUGUGCUUCACGAACAAAGCAAUCUGCGACGGCGGUGUCCAGCCGGACGCCGAGAGAAGGAGCUCGCGUGAUGCCGACCGAGGGGCAGAGUGCCUUAGACUGACAGAGAGGUUGGCUUUUAAGUCAAAGGUGCAACUCCAAACCACUUACGAGGGUUCAAAACAGGCUGCUAUACAACAUCAACUUUACAGAUAUAAAUAUAAACUGUAUUUUUUCAGAUAAGAGUGAUACGGUGAAAUAUAUAAUUUAUUUCACAAGAUUACGUAUGAACAUAACCAGACGUUUCCACCAUCUUUGUGCGUGCAAGUGGUUCAUUUUGGGUCAUUUUUUAUUGAGGUCUGACUCCAGUAAGUUGCUCCUGGUGUGUUUUAAUGUCAGCUCAGAGCAGAAGCUUCGCGAACCAAACUACUAAAAACUGAUAUUGAGUCGUCAAAGCAUCAAUCUCACCUGUCAAGACCUCGCUCGCCCGGCAACUUGCGACCUGACCUCCAUCUGAGAGCUGAGAAGAGGCUGCACCUGUCAGGGCGGCUGUCAGCGGCCGAGUUUGAUUUCUUGUAGGUGAUUCUGUCGACGCCGUGUGAUAUUAACGAGUACGUCUCCGUGCCAAAGCUCCCUGUGAUUAGAUACGUUUUCAGCUCACAUACCUGCCGCAGAGUUGGACUCUGAGAGGUACAGUUUGUGCUGCAGCAUCCAUCAACCGCUGAAGCAGUUUGCUAAAACCCUGCCCCCCUUAGUUACUGUUGCUAUGCUCGUCAAACUCUCCAUCCUGGCCCGCCAUGUGCGCAGUUAACGACGGCAGAUUUACCUCUCAAAACUCAUGGUCACGUUUUGAAACAUUUGAUCCUGAUUUGAGACAGAAAUAAUUCAAAAUUCUUCUCAUUGCUGGACAAUUGUCUCCGGCAGAUUUUAUUACCUGGAGCUCAUUGAACGUUUGAUUGGCUGAUUUUUUGGCCAACUUUUUAGUGUCUCCAGCUGACUCAUUUUAAAAGAAGAAUCUUUAGGGGAAAGUGAGGGAAGGGCGUCUUAUCUACUUGAAAAUACUGAGACUAAAACUGCGUGUCCCAGGCCAAAAGUUAUCCUCCAGUUAAUAAUAUUCAUAGAAAACGUGGGAAUAAAGACAUUUUGCUCUUUUGUCACUCCUAGUUAUGAUAUGUUCAUAAAAAAUAUAAGACUCAGACUGUUAUUUCAUUCUAAAAUCACACCAUUUAGCUCACGUACUUUCAAACAGUAUGUUUGUGUUUGUAACAUUACAAAAGGAAAGUCUAAAAAUGAGGAUUAACUGAUGAAAUUGACAAGGGUGCCGCUUUCUUAGGUAACACUGGCUGCAGUUGCUGGAAUUUUGCUUAAUCAGAUCGGAUAAAAAAGCAGUACGGAGAGCAGUAUAAAGGAUAACUCGCAAGAUUAUCUUCUUAAUUCAGAAAAAUAAGCACAGAUUGUUUCUCCUGAAACCUUUUCACAGAAUUUUGAGACAACAAAGCAAUUUAAUUUAGAAAAACAAGCAGAUUUUUUUCCCCAUGAAAACUCUCGUCAUGAUGCUGAGAUAAUAAUCAUGUUUAUUCAGAAAAACUAGCAGUUUUUUAUUUAUUUUUUUUUAACAUGAAGCCUUUUCUCAGAAUUCUAAGAUAAUCUUGUUAACUUAAAUUUAGCUGAUUUUUCUGAUAAUCCUGAGAUUAUUUACUAGAUAAUUUAAAAAAAGAAGAGAAUUCUCACGAAUAUCUUGUAAAUUCAGACCAAACGAGCAGAUUUUUUUCCCCAUGAAAACGUUUCCGAGAUAAUUAAAAUAGUGAUAAUAAUAAUAAUGAUAUAUGAUAUAUAUAAUGAUAUUUUCCUAUGCUUCCAUAGGGCAGGACAGAGAGCUAUAGUGAAUUAUUCAGCAGGUACUGAUGAUUGCAGCUCCUGUUAGAGCACAUAAUCACUCUGCUGAAUCCAUUUCACUCCAGCUCCUUUGAUUUGGUUUUUGGGAAUGCUAAAAAAAAAAGGCACCAUUGAUUUAAACUCUAAAAGCUGAGUGUCGCUCAGACUGCAGCCUCUGCAGCGCCUGGUUACAGUUGCUAAGCUGUGAUUGAGCACUCCAUGUUCGGGGCAGGGGUUUUUACGCAAACUGUCAAUUUUGAGAUCAACAAAUCUUUUCACAACAUCCGUACCCUCUCUGCAGAUCUGAAAACUCUGAGCAGCAAUU